AAAAUUCGACGGCAGGAACCCCGCCCCAACCACAAAGGAUAAGCCCCAAACCAAACCCGACUCCCGACGAUAUGACAACCAUCUUCGCAGUGUGCCGAACUGCCGAAGUUCCGGCCGAAGUAAUCGACAACAUUCUCACCGCCUCUUACGAGUAUAGCGAGCACCUCUCCGCAGGCAUCGGGCAGCUUCUCGCCGUUCUCCCGGGCCCGGGCGACGGCAAUGACGGGAGCAACAUGGACACUGUGGAGGCGAACGUGACGGCGGCCGGCACGGCCGCGGGCCUGCCGCCCUCGCCCUUCAUCGGAAUGUCGGCGGAACAGGUGGCGGAGCGGCUCGGCGAGCCGAAGAACAGGUUCUUCGCCGUGCUGGACGCGCGGACCGCCGAGGAUAGCACGGUGCUUUUGGCAGCGAUGGAGACCGAUGACGAUGUCGAGCUCACGGGGCGGCUGCAGACGGUGCGCGCAGCCCCCAAAUGGGUCCAGGCCACCCUUGUUGCCCUCGACAUUGCCACGAUGGGGUUCGAAGAGGUGAUUGAUAUGGCCGAGGACGAGCCGAGCGGCGUGUACGGUGCGUCCGGCCACCCGGGCAGGGGAGAGGUGGAAUCGACAAACGACGAGGAGGAUGUCCUGCCCUCGGACACGCCAGUGCCGCCGCUGGUCUUUGGGGAGGUUGCGGAGGAGGAUUCAUAGGUCACUGUAUAACAGCAAAUAGCUGGCAAAGAGGGUCCACUUUUCAUGGGACAUUCAAAUCCUUCUUCGCUGCAUCGAAUCCUAGUGUACUUCGCUACCGUACAAGGGGAAGAAGACUUGAAUAAUCAA